AUUCUUCGAAUCUUUCCUCGCCCAAUCCAAUCUAAUUCUCCGUUGCUACUGGUAAAAAAUAUAUCAUACAAAAUGUGUGUUAAAGAUGCAGAGAAACUGAUUGAUGGAAUGGAAGGUAGUAUGGCUCUUCCAAUUGAUGAUGAUGAUGAUGAUGAUGAUGAUGAUGAUGAUGAUGAUGAUGAUGAUGAUGAUGAUGAUGAUGAUGAUGAUGAUGAUGAUGAUGAUGAUGAUGAUGAUGAUGAUGAUGAUGAUGAUGAUGAUGAUGAUGAUGAUGAUGAUGAUGAUGAUGAUGAUGAUGAUGAUGAUGAAAGCGUGAAUUCUCGUUCUGGAGCUGAUUCCAAGGAAAAUCGUGAUCACAAGAAUCCAUCCGCUGCCACAACCUCUUUUCCGCUGGAGAGUAUUUCCGAAGAAUCGGCUAUCUCAGACAAAACACAUAUGUCGAACAAUUUUCUGCCUGUCCUUCGGUUCGGGGAGUGGUCGGACAUCGGAGGCAGGGCGGAUAUGGAGGACACGCAUGUUUGUAUUCCCGACUUAGCUAUGAAUUUCGGUUAUGCUGCACCUGCUGAGGAAGCUAUGUCCUUCUAUGGGGUGUUUGAUGGACAUGGUGGAAAGGGUGCAGCUCAUUUUGCACGGGACCACUUGCCAAGAAUUAUUGUUGAGGAUGCUGAUUUCCCAUUGGAACUCGAGAAAGUGGUUGCGAGAUCUUUCAUGGAGGCUGAUGCUGCAUUUGCCAAGUCUUGCUCGGUUGAGUCCACACUGUCAUCUGGCACGACUGCACUAACUGCGAUGAUACAUGGCAGGUCAUUGCUAGUAGCAAAUGCUGGAGAUUGUAGAGCUGUUUUAUCCCGAUGUGGAGUUGCUGUGGAGAUGUCAGAAGAUCACAGGCCUUGCUGCGCAAGCGAAAGGAGGAGGAUUGAAUCAGUAGGCGGGUACAUCGAUGAUGGUUAUCUAAACGGGCAGUUAGGAGUGACCCGAGCUUUAGGCAACUGGCAUAUCAAAGGACUGAAAGAGGUUGAAAGCGGCGGGCCUCUGAGCGCAGAACCAGAACUAAGGCUAACAACACUUACCAAGGAAGACGAAUUCUUGGUAAUUGGAAGCGAUGGAAUAUGGGACGUCUUCAUGAGCCAGAACGCGGUAGACUUUGCUAGGAGGCGGCUCCAAGAGCACAACAACGUGAAGCUGUGCUGUAAGGAUCUUGUGAAUGAAGCCAAGAAGCGAGGGGCUACUGACAAUUUGACAGUAGUGAUGGUGUGUUUUCACUCGGAACCACCACCUCCGAUUGUGGUUCAAAGGCCUAGAGUUCGAAGGUGCAUUUCUGCAGAAGGGCUUCAGAGCCUCAAAUUCCUGCUUCAAGGCUAAAUUGGGGCUGAAACAAUUUUUCCAGAAUUUAUCCAUUCUUCUCACAGGUAACAAAGUAUAGAUUAUGAUAAUAAUUUGAUGCUGUGAGCAAUUUGUAAAUAUAUGCAUAUUUAUAUCGACACCCGAUUCUUCCUUCCACAUCGUUGUCGAGUGGUUGCAUAAUCGGGGAGUAAUCACAAGGUUAUUGUUGUAUGUUAUUGUUCAAUGGCUUAAAGGAGAAGAAAAUAUUAAGGCAACAUUUCUGUA